AUGCACACUCUAAAGUACGAAGAAGAGGCGGUGGGUCUGGAGACUGUACAAAAAUGGAUCGAAGACAAACACUUGCGACAGAGGUGUGAGCAGAUCGAGCUAGUGUCCAAGAAGGUGAAGCCCGAAGUAGCGCAGCUGCUCAGCGUCUUCGUUUUCCAAUGCAGGCACUUGCACACCUUAAUCCUUUCAAACAAUGCGCUCGGGGAUGAUGGAGCCGUGUCGUUGGCCUCCUACAUGGAAAUCCGAAUGCAGGACGGGGCUUGCCCUGUCAAGCUGUUGGAUCUCAGUGGCACGCACAUCACGGCCGGCUCUGUCGGUCACGUGGCGAAAGCCUUCCUGGGCCAGUGGGAUGCCAGGGGCGACGAUGGCGAGGAAAACGUGAUCGGGCAGCGCAGUUGCAGAAGCGCCACUCAAGGUGCUUAUGUGCCUGUGCUGGAUCUUUCGCACAAUGUCCUCGAGGAUUGCGGAGUGGAGGCUAUCGCUGCUCAUGUUGUGAGGAGCGUUUGCCUCCGCUUGCGGAAUGUCGGAUGCAAGAAGGAUGGUCUGCAGAAGCUCUUGAAGUGCCACGACUGGAUCGUUGAGCUCGACUUGGGCAUGAAUGAAAUAGGAGUGGCAGGUGUCACCGCGCUUUUCUCCACUGUCAAAAGUUCCAAAAGAUGGGAGCUGCUCAACGUCUCCAGACUUGCUGCCCCUGCCACUGCAGGCUUUGAAUGCGCUGCAAAUCUGGUCACGCCAGAGAUGGUCGAGUGCCUUCGGAAGGCUCCAGGUCUGAAAGACUUGGACUGCAGUGAGAAUCGGCUCGAUGAUGAUCGUGCCAAGAUUAUCGUUGAGGCGGUCAAGGACUCGGAGACGGAUCGCUUGCAGCGCUUGGCGAUGAAUGAAUCCGGAUGUGGAAUUCUGACAGCAGAAGCUCUCAAGGCAGUCCUGAGCCAAAGAGCAGUUCUGAGCGGAAGGGUCCCCUAUGGCAGCAGCCGAUGUACAGCUUUGCGGAUCCUUGAACUCAGAGGGAACAAGCUCCAUGACGACUGCAUGAAGAUUUUUUCGCAGGGCCUGGGAGACAGCAUCUCUUUGGAGAAGCUGAUCCUCGCGGGGAAUGAGAUUGGAGAUGUCGGAGUCACGCAUCUUGCCGAAGGAUUGAAGAAGCAGCGGGACCUCAAUUCACAAUUUACAGGCAAGCAGCUCUCCUGCGUGGUGGAGCUGGACUUGUCUUGCAAUCCAGUUGGCGACCAGGGCGCGAAGGCUUUGGCCGAUGCAGCUGUGGCUGCCUUGACCUCCGGCGAGAGCGUGCGCUUUGAGGCCCUUUGGGGUGUGGAGGAGCUGAUCUUGCGGAACACGGGCAUCACUGCCAAAGGCUGUGAUGCGCUUUCGUGUGCGGUGGCCGCGCGUGCGACCCUGGCCAUGGAGGCUGCGUUGGCACUGCGAAGAAGCGAUGAACUCAUCGAGAAGGUGCGGGUGAAGCGCCUGCGGCGUCCCCGGGCAGUGCAGGUUCAUGGACUGGACCUCAUAGAUCCUCCACUCCGGAGUGAUGCUGAGACGGAGCUCCAGGACUUGUGGCCCACACUGCCUACACCAUUGAUAGAGGAGCAGGCCCUGGGCAUCACGGAGCUAGUGGUCAACAUGGCAGAUGGCGAUUCGGAAGGGGACAGGACGCCUUAUGCAGGUCUUCCGGACGUUGACCCGAUGGAUGCCUGGCUGACAGAUGAGAUGCCUGGCAAACGGCACCUCGAGGACAGCACCGUGCACUGCGUCCGGAUGGAUGCAGAUGACUCGGAGCUCAUUAGCUACAGCCUUGAUGCUACUGACGAUUGGUUCAAUGAUGGUGGGCAAAGCCCGGUUCGCACACAUCAGGCUGCCACGACGCAUGCCGGGAAAGGUGUGAACAUCAAGAAUCUCCUGGAACAGGAGCUGGCAUCUUCCGGCCCAACCUCCGUUGAACUGAACGCUGGUUCGUCUCCAGAAGCCUCCCCCAUUGCAAGCGACUCAUCUCUUGAAUCCUCGCGACGAUCCAGCCUGACAAGUGAAGAGGCUUCCAGACAGGCCUCCGAGAAGGUAACAGAGUCAUUUGGGGUUACCAGCGACCUUUGCAAGGCCCUCGAGGUGAACUUCAACAACGUCAGCACCGUGAGCAACGUCAGUAUGGCGAGCAAUGCCAGCAAUGCGAGCCAUGCUUCGGCCACGUCGGACGUGGAGUCGAACCUCACUGCUUCGCCCACAGAGAGAGCGGCUCAAGAGGAGGAGGGUGGCUCUCCGAGCUCAGCGAUGGCAGAACACUGCUCGAUGGGCAGUGGUAAAGGAGACAAAGGCAAGCUGCCGGCACCUGGAAAGGGCAAGGGCCUCAAAGGCCCCAAGGGCCCGAAGGGCAAAGGAAAGGCCCCGGCAACAGGGAAGCAAGGAACCGACACAGAACUGGAGUCAAGCAACGACCAGGAGGGUGAGAAGGCGAACGAGGCCAAGGUGGAGAAGGAAGCGGAGCAAGGCGAGCAAGGCGAUGAGAAGCCGAAGAGUGGCAGCGAGAGUGCCAAGGGCAAAGGUCCUGGCAAGGGUCCGCCGGGUCCGCCUGGAAAAGGCGCAAAAGGACCUGGCAAGGGACCUGGCAAGGGACCACCGGGAAAGGGCAAAGCUCCGCCACCUCCCAAGGGUGACGGCAAGGGCAAGGCAGCUCCCAAAUCCAAGGCUGCGGCGACGCCUCCACGGUUUGUGGGUCAGACGCCUCUGGGACGACGUCUACACUGGGCGGGUGCUCACUAUGAUGAGCCUUCGGAAAACUCGGUUUUUCAUGGCCUGACAUCUGAUGUGCGCUUUGACCCCGAGUUGCUGAAGGCCAUGCUCUCUGGCGAGUCGGCGGAAAAGCCUGUGCUGUUCGGCAGGCGAAAGUCCGUGACAAAGAAAGCAGGCAUCAGCCUAUUGGAUGGCUCACGGGCACAGAACCUCGCCAUUGUCAUGAGCAAGAUGAAGGUCUCCACCGAGGAGUUCUGCCAGAAUUUGAAAGAGCUUCACUUCAGUGAGAGCUUUAUCAAUCCAGAGGAUGUGGAGUUGCUCAUCCAUGUACUGCCCACGGCGGAAGAGAGCAAGAAGCUGCUGGAGUACAAGGACCGUGUGGCGGACCUUCGCGAUGUGGGAUAG